UCACUCGACGACUCGCUCCAUACGCAGCAAGACAUGGACAGCAACAAUGUACAGCGCUCCAAGUACGACAUGGCGAGUCUAUUAGGCUCCGACACAAGCCCUGUGGACAUGAACCCGUCAGCUCAGCAGCUACCGACGCUCGCCUCCGUGCUAGAGAAGAAUUGCGGCGUGUCAACGCCCACAACAACGCCGUCGUUAUCGACACAGACCAUGAAGCAGGAGCCUGAGCUCACUAUAAAGGCUCCAGGACAGCCACUCUGUAACAGACCCAUAAAACGCCGUGCAUCCGAGUGCGAGGACGAGAAGGAUGCAUCGACGCCCACGUCGAAAAAAUGUCGAGGCAAGUGGCGCAAGCCCACGUAUUUGGUUCGAAAGGAGGAGAAAUGCGAGUUACUGGAGCAUAUCAAGGAGCUGGAGAGCCAGGUGUCGUUUCUACAGAACCGCACCAACAUCGUGGCCUGGCAGGAGAAGGAUCGACAACAGAUCGAGACGGAGAUCACCAAUAAUGUACUACGCAACUCGGUGAAGCAGCAUCAACUUCGAGUUUUAUCAGCGCAGUCGGCGCUGUCAGAGCUCACGCAUGCGGUGCACAAUCGCUGUCCUCUAGACACGUACAUCCACCUCAGUCGCGACUGGACAAAACGCACUGAAGUUCUCACAAGUCUUCGUGCUCAACAAUGUCGAGACGCAGCGGAACUAGUGGAAAAGCGCACUCAGUUCAUGACGGAGGCGCGCGAAUACACUGAAAACGCCCAGUUCGUCGACGAAGCGGGCGAUUUCUGCUCCAUCCGCUUCGAUAUCACCCCUCUGGAAGGUCUGAAAACAGUCAAAGAGGCGUUCGAAUUCAUCCAGUUCCACAUUAAACACAUGGACACUAAGCCCAUGAACUCCAAGUACACGUGUACGAGCGAGUUGGGUGGUGAUAAGAACAUCAUGCACCGUCGUCUCAUCAUCUCCGAGGUCGAGAAUGUGGCAACGGAGACCAAUUUUGUCAUGUUCUCGGACCAACCAGCGAGUUGCCAUGACGUGUGUACAGGCAAGGCAUUGGACCAAGGAGUCAUGGUCAUGAACUUUGUAAACGAGGACGACUUGUAUCCGUACCGUCCACAGAACUGCGUACGCUUGGACAUCAGCGGCGUUAUGGCGCUUAAGUCCUAUCGAAAAAUCGUUAAAACGUCCAAGGGAGAGGAGAAGGAGGUGCCUGCUGUGGUGCUCACUCGUUGGAUGUUACAGAAGUUACGCCGCACGGAUCUACCGGUGCCGAAGCACGUACUACAGACGAUGCGUGACCGGAUUAACGAGCCAGGCAAUGCAAUCCUCCGUGCUGUGAAAGAAGCCCAUGCACCCGUGCAGCUCGAGGCUAAGGACAUCAAAGUGCUGUGCGCGUAGCUGGUGAACCGACCCAUCCAGGUUGCAGUAUUGACUGGUCGGUUGCAGUAGACAAUGGAGCAUAUCGCCUGUCGACAAGUAGCAGCGGUGAUUGUGGCCUCCCGCGUCCACAGAAAAGCAGACACUCGCCGUAUUUCAUUCGUUGGCAUCAUCAUGGAUGCAAGACUAAUUGCAGGCUGCUGAGAUCGAGUGUACAGGUGACUGAGUUAGUCCCUGACUGCAACAACUCUAGACGACUGAAACUUUCGAGGGGUAGCCAUAUAAGAACAAGGAGGAGUGCAAGAACUUAAUUAAUUAUAGGGAGAAAUCAGCAAGAGCUUUUAAACAUGUUAACAACGCGUAGGCAAACAAUAUCAGCAAGAACAUCAUUUAUGACCGAA